AUGUUUGGCAGCAUAGAUUGUAUGCACUGGGAGUGGAAGAACUGUCCAUUUGCUUGGCAGGGCCAGUACAAGGGGCAUGUCAACGGGUGCACUGUCAUAUUAGAAGCGGUGGCAUCGCAGGAUCUUUGGAUAUGGCAUUCUUUCUUCGGCAUGGCAGGUUCUCACAAUGAUAUCAACGUGCUGCAGCGUUCUCCAGUCUCCGCGAGGCUUGCAGAAGGCCACUCCCCACCUGUCAACUUUGAGAUCAACGGCCACCAGUACAACAAGGGGUACUAUCUAGCUGAUGGUAUAUAUCCUCAGUGGUCAACUUUUGUGAAGACAAUCUCGAAACCCCAAGCUUCCUCGGUACAGGGGUCAGUCCCUGGCCGUGCUCCCAACCUGAACCGCAACAGGGAGAGAGGCCACGCCCUGCUCUAUGCCGAUUACUUUGCGAACACCCCGCUUUUCAAGCCGGAUAAAUUUCGUCGCCGUUUUCGUAUGGCAAGGCAUGUGUUCAAUCGUAUCCGAGAGGGAGUGGUUGCUCAUGACCCAUACUUCGAGUGCAAGACGGAUGCCCUUGGCAAGUUUGGAUUCUCCUCUUACCAGAAAUGCACCGCGGCCAUCUGCAUGCUUGCAUAUGGAAUUCCAGGCGAUCUGGUGGAUGAGUAUGUGUGUAUGAGUGAGACAACAUGUCUGAUGUCAAUGUACAAGUUUUGCCAGGCUGUGAUCGAGGUGUUUGGCCCAGAGUACUUGAGACAGCCAACUGCCGCUGAUACAGAGAGAUUGUUGGCGACCAACGCAGCUAGAGGCUUUCCAGGCAUGCUUGGCAGCAUAGAUUGUAUGCACUGGGAGUGGAAGAACUGUCCAUUUGCUUGGAAGGGCCAGUACAAGGGGCAUGUCAACGCAUGCACUGUCAUAUUAGAAGCGGUGGCUUCGCAGGAUCUUUGGAUAUGGCAUUCUUUCUUCGGCAUGGCAGGUUCUCACAAUGAUAUCAACGUGUUUGAGCGUUCUCCAGUCUUCGCAAGGCUUGCAGAAGGCCACUCCCCACCUGUUAACUUUGAGAUCAACGGCCACCAGUACAACAAGGGAUACUAUCUAGCUGAUGGUAUAUAUCCUCAGUGGUCAACUUUUGUGAAGACAAUCUCGAAACCCCAAGGUGAGAAGAGAAAGAGAUUUGCCCAAAUGCAAGAGAGUGCUAGAAAGAAUGUGGAACGUGCUUUUGGUGUGCUUCAAUCCCGGUGGGGUAUCGUUCGAAACCCUGCACUGUCAUGGGAUGAAAGGAAGCUUUGGGAGGUGAUGACUGCUUGUGUGAUCAUGCACAACAUGAUCGUCGAGGACGAGCGUGAUGAGAGUAUCUUCGACCAAGGAAUUGAUUAUUAAGGUGAAAAUAUUGAGCCCCUGCACCAAGACCCGGCCACAUUUGAACAGUUUGUCCAAUUCCACCGUGAGAUGCGUGAUUGGCACACUCAUUU